GCCGUGACGGCCAUGGCGAUGACCAGAUGAACGCUGCCGCCGGCGAUGAUCGUGACGACAAGAAGAAAAACGAAGGAAAGGAAUUUUGUUCUGAACCAUGGACCCGACAAAGAUACUCAACGUGCGAUUUCACUUUGGCGGCGAGUUCGUCCGCAUUGGCCGUAGUAUGGACUACGUGGGUGGAGAUCAAGCGAUUUCAGAGAUAGAGAGGGACAAGUUGUCACUGCAGGAGGUUAAAGGAUUUCUUAAAGAUCAUUUAGAAGUGAAGGAUUCAAUGAAAAUGUAUUUCCAUGUUCCAGGGACUGAACUUGCUGAAGGUUUGGUUUUUCUACAUGAUGACAUUGGUUGUGUGCAUAUGGCAGAGUAUGUAUGUGUUGAUGGAGUUGCAGAUGUGUUUGUGGAAUAUCAUGGGGAGGAGGAGAAUGUUUACAAUAGCAGUGGAAGUGAUUUUGAGGAUGAUUAUGUGAAUCUGUUUGGAGAAAAACCUGAUGAAAUAAUUAGUGCUGAAGUUGUUAAAUCUGAUGAAGAGAUUGAAGCGGUGGUAUCACAAGUGUGCAAUCCUAGUCAGGUUCCUUCGCAAAGGCCAUCUUUUGAAAUGCAAGAACCCCAUGUGUUACCUGAAACUGAAGACAGUGGUGAUAGUUCAGAUUCUAGUGAUGACAAUGAGUACAUGCCACACAGUGAAGAUAGUGGUGAAGAUUCAGAAGUAGUUGAAUUGAGGAAACAUGCUAGGAAAUUUAAGAAGAGAAUGAAGGAUUCAAAAAGCUGGAUUAAUUCAGAUAGUCCAGUUCCAGUAAAUCUGAUUGCUAAUAUGGAAGAACAAAUAGGAGAUGAGGAGAAGGACUGGAAUUUUGAGUCAUCUGAUGAAGACUACAGCUAUGAUGAGGAUUCAGAUGGAGAGAUUAAGAGGAGGAAAAGCAAAUAUCUCAGAUUUAACCCUAAAGCAGAUAUUCCUCACUUUGCAUUAGAAAUGGUAUUUAGAAGCAAAAACCAGGUGUGCAAAGCUUUGAGGAGGUAUGGAAUAGUUACCAAAAGGAGCAUAGUGUUCAUCAAAUCAGAAGUGGAUAGGGUUAGGGCCAAGUGUGGGUGGCCAGGCUGUCCUUGGCUCAUUUAUGUUGCAAAAUCAACAAGAUGUUCCAGAUUUCAGGUGAUAACAUAUGAAGAUGAACACAGGUGUGCAAAUAACAGAGACAACAAGCUUGUCACUGCCAAGGUUAUUGCACAAAGAUAUGAACACUUUAUCUUAGCAAAUCCUAUGUGGAAAAUUGAAAGCAUGCAAUCAACUGUGUUGCAAGAUAUGUGUGCUGAUGUGUCAACUUCUAAGUGCAAACAUGCCAAGAAACUAGUGAUGGACAGACUCAUGUGUGGACUGAAAAACGAGUACACUAGAGUGUUUGAUUAUCAGUUGGAAUUACUUAGGAGCAACCCUGGUAGUACUGUGGCAGUUUGCUUGGAUCCAACCAACAUGCACCAAAAUAUUUUCCAGAGUUUCUAUGUUUGCUUUGAUGCACUGAAGAAAGGUUUCAAGGCUGGUUGCAGGAGAGUGAUUGGACUGGAUGGAUGCUUCUUCAAAGGUGCAGUAAAGGGUGAACUUUUGUGUGCGAUUGGCAGGGAUGCCAACAACCAGAUGUACCCAGUGGCAUGGGCAGUAGUUGAGCAGGAAACAAAUGAAACUUGGGCAUGGUUUAUUGGCCUUCUCAUCAAGGAUCUGGAUAUUCAUAGUAAUGGAGCAGGGUGGGUGUUCAUUUCUGAUCAACAGAAGGGUUUGAUCAAAGCUAUGAAAGAUUAUCUUCCAGCCAUCUAUAAGUGCGGGAAAUUAGUGGAAGAUUACAUUGCUCCUUGCUACUCCAUUGAUGUGUUCAAGAAGAUUUAUGAGCACUGCUUGCAGCCUGUAGAAGGUGAGGAGAUGUGGCCUAUUUCAGAAAAGCCUAGACCCCAAGCUCCAGGAUAUGUGAGAAUGCCAGGGAGGCCUAAGAAAAAUAACAGGAGGAGGGAAGAGCAAGAGAAACCAAAAACAAAGAAAAUGAGCAAACAUGGCAUUGUGAUUGUUUGUUCUUUAUGUGGCAAUCCUGGACACAACAAAUCUGGAUGCAAGAAUAAUCCAGAGAGGGGCAAAAAGAAGCCCCGCAAGCUUCUUCACCUUCGCAGCCUGCUGCACAAACUCAACCAGCUGCACCUGCAGCAAGAUCUGAAGCAACUGCACCUACUUCAAGAUUUAAACCUCCCGGGAAGAGUUCGGAACUGUAGAAACCGGUGCAUCUGCAAGUGCACAAGCUGGACCUUCUGGAAAUGCACAAACUGGAGCAAGAAGAGGGAGGAAGAGAGCUGCAUCUUCAGUUCCUAG